CUGCUGGAUAAAAUUAUGUUUAGAUGCUUCAAUAGCCGAAGAUGUGUGUGUGUUUGUGUAUGAUGGUGUGUGCUUGCUUCAGUGUAAAAGUUAAGAGCUGCUUUGUCAGUUGUGUUUGCGUGCGUCUACUGAGGACAGAGCUCUGGUGGUUUCCUCCUGUCUGUACGAGCUUAGCACAGCGGUCUGUGGUUGUUCUCUCGACACUGUUUCAGUCUUGUCAGCUUCUAGUUUCUUCACAAGUUGCAAAAGCAUUUGACAAAGCAGAGGUAAUGACAUGUUCACAUGAGAUCAGGCAGUCAUAAUUCAUUGGAGGACUUUAAUUGCAGUCACAAUGAAAGUGGCAUCUUUUAACGUCAGACGACUGGGUUUGACCAAAAUCUCUGAUGACAAUGUUGUCAGAUACCUGAUCAAGAUUGUGUCCCGCUACAGUAUAAUCGUGAUACUUGAGGUGGUGGACAAAUCAGGCAAAGCCAUGGAAAAGUUCUUGAGGGAGCUGAACGGUACAAGUGCAAACAAGAAGCACCCUUACACCAUGGUGGUGAGCGCCUCCUUGGGCCGCUCGCACUACAAGGAGCAGGUUGUCUGUCUCUACAGAGAGGAUCAAGUGCAGUUGAGGGACACCUACCAGUAUGAGGACAACCAGGUGGGCGAUGAGGAUGCCUUUUCCCGAGAGCCUUUCAUUCUGCGCUUCUCAUCUCCUCACACAGUGCUGCAGGACUUUGUGCUGAUCCCCGUUCACACCAAGCCUGAUGACUCAGAGAAGGAGCUGGAUGAGCUCUAUGACGUCUUCCUGCACAUGAAGAAGAAGUGGGAGACAGACAAUGUCAUGAUUCUUGGGGACUUCAAUGCAGAUGGUGCCUAUGUGUCCAAGAGGAAAAUGAAACGGAUCAGAAUCCGUAGCGACCCAGAUUUCCACUGGCUUAUUGGGGAUGACGUGGACACAACUGCAAGCACAUCAAAUGACAACACCUAUGACAGGAUUGUGGUUUACCAGAAGGACAUGCUAGCUGCUGUAGUUCCAGGCUCAGCCAAAGCUUUUAACUUCCACCAGGCCUACAGCCUCUCCGAGGAGAUGGCUCUGUCCAUCAGUGAUCACUAUCCAGUGGAGGUGACUCUACGUCCUGCUGCCUCCAAAACCAGGGCCCGCAAGAGGAGAAGGACAUAAUUACACACACAAUAUGAGUCAGAAGCACUGCAUUUAAUCUAAGCCAGUGUUUACUUGACCACUUAACUAAUAAAAAAAAAUCAUUCAUCAUCAUCAUCAAAACAGUAGACCUACUUCAACAGUAUAUUACACAAUAGGCCCA